CGGCGCGCAAGCCAUCCUUUGCGCGCCUCCUCGCCUUUGCUUAUCCCUGUCUGAAAACUACUGUUGAAAAAAGUAAAACCCUGAUCUGCACUUCCUCGCUUCGGUUAUUCGAUCUUGAACCUUCAAAGGCUUCGUACUGAUUCGUUGUAGGGUACUUACGCGCUGUCGUGCCGCGCCGCUUCCGUCGAUGCUAUGUGCUUGCUGUCGUUCGCAUGCUACAACCUCUUUCGCAGAACUGGUUGCUUUGCUGAGUGUCGGGACUAUAAGGUGUUGGAGCUGUGCCAUGCGGGCGCUGAUGAACGCUUGGUUCAAACUGUAAGUGAUGUUAUCGGUGUGUGUGAUGCGGUAUGCGCAAAUGAUAUUUGUCCAUGCGUCACAGAUAUCGACAAGAUAAAAAUCAAACAUUUGAGGCUUUGUUUUCCUUCAUCGAAGCUAGAUUGUAGUAGAAUGACCACCACCUUGAGCGUCCUACUUGUUUUCAUGUCACGUAAAACCUUCUUGCACAUUCACGUGGAACUUCGCAAAGUUUCAUUACUUUCAUUAUGUGUUUUUGUAAUUAUGAUGGCUGUCGUGUAUCAACCAAUGCCAGUCCAACUCGGUCGUAUGUACUCUUUGCUCUUGUGUACGAAAGGAAUGGCGCAUUACAAAUGAUUGCUCAAGUAUACAGGGCGCAAGCCGCAGAACCGAAAU